CGCCCCCUCUCCCCUCACCAUAAAUACCGACCGGAAUAAUACAAUAUCCUGAAUAGAAUAAAAGAAUAGAUCCCCGUGCGUCGUUCCAAGUGCGCACCUCCACCCCGAACCACUACCAGGCAGCGCGUGCGCCACCAUGGGGAACCCCAGAGUUUUCUUUGACAUCAGCGUGGACGGAGAGCACGCGGGCCGCAUCACGAUGGAGCUCCGGGCCGACGUGGUCCCAAAGACUGCCGAGAACUUCCGUGCUUUGUGCACCGGAGAGAAAGGUUUCGGCUACAAGGGCUCCACGUUCCACCGGCUCAUCCCCAAGUUCAUGUGCCAGGGCGGAGACUUUACCAACCACGACGGAACCGGAGGCAAAUCCAUCUACGGGGAGAAGUUUGCCGACGAGAACUUCCAGUUGAAGCACACGGGCCUCGGCACGCUGUCCAUGGCCAACGCCGGGCCCAACACCAACGGGUCCCAGUUCUUCAUCUGCACCGACAAAACCGACUGGCUGGACAAGAAGCACGUGGUGUUCGGCAACGUCGUGGACGGCGCCGACGUCGUCAAGGCGAUGGAGAAGCAAGGCACCAAGAGCGGCACUCCGAAGGCCAAGGUGGUCAUCGCCGACUGCGGCGAGCUGAAGUAGGCGUCGUCCUCCACGCCGGACGUAGAAAACACUGAAUUAAACCGACUUGUAUUUUGUACCUUCUCACCUCGUUCAUGAAUAAAAUAACUCCAAAGAUUGCUGUUGAA